AGGCAUCCAAUUUUUCGGCAGUACUUCAUACGAUCAUCACUCCAGCUAGGAAUAUGAACACGAUUCUUGUUUUUGCUUUUGCUUGCUUUGCUGCUUCGUCAGCAUACAACGUUCAAGAUGCCAGGGGACAAGAAUACUACUUGGUGCCUCUACAUCGCCAGAGAAGGCAAGCAACAGGCGUUGAUAUUCGAGGGGGAGCUGGUGGUGGUGUCAGGACUAGCCUAAAUCAUCAGGGUACCAUUUUUAACAACGGAGUUCAUCGUCUUGAUGGGGCUGCUUCUGCUUCAAAACAAUUCCAUCCAUCAGGACCCCUGAGUGUAACAGGACAGUUGGGAUACUCACAUGUUCCUUCAGGUUCAGGUCUGAAUGUCGGCGCUCAACAUACCCACCGGGGUGGUACCGACUUGAGUGCAUCAGGAAAUGCAAAUAUAUGGAGAAGAGGGAAUUCUCGUUUGGAUGCCGUUGGCAACUACAACAGACACUAUGGGGGACCCUGGGGAACUGGAAGACCUAAUUACUAUGGAGGACUUAAAUUUUCACAUCGAUUUUAAAAAUAUUUAUUGUGCCAUAAUUUAUUACUCCUAUUAAAUAUGAUUUUUGAAGA